AUGACUUCAGCAAUGGACCCUCGCAACAUCCACGUCCAGGGAGAAUUUCGGGCUAGGAAGCUGCCUCUCGUCAUUUACCAUGGCACAAAGAUGUAUAUAUGCGACACGAUACUGGGAGGUGGUGCCUUUGGAGUGUGCUAUAAGGCAAUCGCGGAUUAUGACGAGUUCGUCAUGAAAGUAUCGUACUGCCCUCCCGAGAAACCUAACAGGAAGGUGGUGGCAACGAACGAAGCUCGAAUCCUGUCUAUGUUGCACCACCAGCAUAUCAUCCAGUUCCACGAUAGCUUCGAGAUGGGCGACCUGACGAUCCUCGUGCUUGACCUAUAUGAAGGAGGGGAUCUGUAUGGCAAAUUGGCAUGCAGAUGGACCAAGGAGAAAAUAUUGGGUCUUCCCGAAGAGGACGUUUCAAGGUGGAUGUGGCAAGUUCUCAAGGCCUGCAUCUAUCUCCAUGAUGAGCUUGGCGUGGUGCAUAGAGACUUGAAGCCAUCCAAUAUUCUCUUGGAUGCUCAAGGAAACGCCCGAGUAGCCGACUUUGGACUUAGUUUCUAUCCAUCGCAAGGUUUAUUGACCGACUGUGCCGGGACGCCAGGGUUUUGGGCCCCGGAGGUCUUGGACAAAGAAACGAAUUAUGGCUAUGAAGUCGACGUAUUCUCUUUCGGUGUGAUGGUCCGUCAGCUACUUUACGGGAUACGACCUGAGAGCAGGGUCCCACUGGAGGGGAAAGGCGUCGCAGCAACGAAGCUGAUCGAAGACUGCAUGAGAUCCCAGUACGACCGAGUAUCUUUCGCCGAGCUGCGAGAGUAUGAGUUCUUCGCUCGCUGGAGGAGGAUCACGAACGUCAAUGGCAAGCGACCCCAAAGGAACAGCGACGAACCCAGGAAGCGCUUGGUACAUUCGUCCUCGUUACCUCCGCAUAUGGUCUCAAGCCCGUCCUACCCUGCAGCCGCUUCCAUCGAGAAGAGUAGCGGUGGGCGCCACGUGCAAACUGUGGAGUAUUGCUGGACAUCAGGGGCCGACGAGGAUGAGCGCAAGACUGCCUUCUCUGACAGCAGCAGCUGGUCGGGAAUUGACUGCAAAGAUGAGAUGCUGAGUGAGCUCGAGACCCGCUUUGCGUUAGAUGGCGUGGACACUUCCUCUUUGCAACCGGUAUCCGCCUCUGUGUCCGUCUCCGUGUCCGCCUCCGUGUCCACAAGUGCCCACGCUGUCGCCUUAACCCCCUCAUGCUACAACACCGCCGAGGCUGCUUCAGAGCUGGUUGACCUCCCUCACAUCCCGACUGCCGAAGAUGCAACGCCAUUCUGGAUGGCAUUGAUCACGCCCAACCCCGAUCUAUUGUUCAUGCUCGCCGUCGCCCAGAUGGAUCCCCUGAACGAUAUUUUGAGUUGGGCUGUGGGUGAGGGCCAGCAGGAACUCACCGAUUUUGCGUUCCUGGACCAGCCCAACGGUACCCACGAGCAAUGA